GGCCCAGUCCAGGGCAGUGGGUCCCUCUGGCAUGUCCAAGGCUGAAGAGUGUCCCUCUCUGGAAUUCUGACUGGGUUCAGCUGGGGCCUGGCCCCCUGUGCAGAGCUGGGACCUCCCUCAAAAAGGAUGGCGUGUAGCAAUGAACCAUGGGCCCAAGCAUGAAAUCCUGAAAGACCUGACUGUUUCCCGAGUUCAGGGCUGUGCAGAUCUGGGCAUCCAGGUCUCCAUCCAUUGGAGAGGCCUGGACUGGGAAGUCUGGAUCCAGCUCCAGCUCUGCGCCCUGCAUUUGAGGGGCGGGAAGGUUGGAUCCUGGAUUACUGAUGCUGGAAACUGGGGCCCUGUAGCAUUUGAGGGACUGAUCACAUGUAUUCCCUAGUAUGUGCAUCUGUCUGGGCUGCAAAGGAGUGCUGGUGUCUCACUCUGCAGUGUGUGUGCAGAGUAUGGAGAGAACCUCCCCUUGAUUUGCAUGAUUGUUUGGGCCUUUCACUUCUCAAUGGUUUCUUCAUCUUCUCCCUUGGCCACAGCACUCAGCUUUAAAGGGAAGAGGAAGAAGAAGACAUCCACAAUGGAGGCUGCUGGGCCGGGGCCUGUGGAAGAGGCUGAUGCUGUGAAGCCUGGACCCGAGGGGAGCCAGAGCACUGUGGACCCGCUGGACCAAGUGGACUCGCUAGCACUGAAGCCAGACAGCAGCUCCGAAGAGGAGCAGAAGAGGUUGGUGGAGGAGAUGGGGGAUGAGCAGGCAUCGAGCAGGGAGAAAGAAGAGGAGCAGGCCUUCCUGGUCAAUCUCUACAAGUUCAUGAAGGACCGUCACACCCCCAUCGAGAGGGUGCCUCAUCUCGGCUUCAAGCAGAUUAACCUGUGGAAGAUCUACAAAGCCGUGGAGAAGCUGGGAGCGUAUGAGCUGGUCACAGGAAGGCGCCUCUGGAAGAAUGUGUAUGAUGAGCUGGGGGGCAGCCCUGGAAGCACCAGUGCAGCCACCUGCACCAGGAGGCACUACGAGAGGCUGGUCCUCCCGUACGUGCGACACCUGAAGGGCGAGGAUGACAAGCCCCUUCCCCCCGCCAAGCCCCGGAAGCAGUACAAGGUCUCCAGGGAGCCCCGUGGGGAGCAGGGCGAUGAUGCAGCCGAAAAGAGCAAGAGAGUCAAGAAGGAGAAAAGUGGAGACCAGGUUUUGCCUGAGAAGGUGAAGCCGGAUGCCUCUGCCGCUCCCAAACAGGGCAGGGAGGCUGUGACGGAUGGCCCCGAGCAGAGCCGACCGGGAGACCGAGCUGAGGGGCUCCCCCUUUUGAACACCAAAGAUUUGUCCAAGAGCCAGCCGUCUGUGAGCUGCCACAGCAACUGUAGGGCCCACGGCUGCUCCGAGGCCUACAAACGGCUCUUCUCCAGCUUCUACUUCAAAGGGAACCAUGGUAUCAUGUCUCCCUUGGCCAAGAAGAAGCUGCUGGCUCAAGUGAGCAAGGCUGAAUCCCUGCACUGUGAUGAGAGACACCUGAGCCAUUGCCCUGAAGGCAAGAAAUCCAGGUCUGCAGGGCUCCCCUGCCCCAGCCCAGAGCUCGACUCCAACAGGCCAUCAGUCAUUCAUCAGAGCAAAGAGGGAAGGAGCCCUGGGCCAGAGGGGGAUGAUGCCAAUGACCCAGCCCAAGCAUGUCACCCUCCUAACAAAGGGGAGGGGGCACCAUGCCCAAAGAGAUCUCUGAGCCCCAGAGGCAGCCAGAUAUUUCCAAGGACAGAGGAUGGGAGUUCAGGGCGCCAUCUCUCCCCUGCUCCUACCAUCUUCACUGGCCACUUCCACGCGUAUAGAAGUGAGGUUCUGAAACCUGUGAGCUGCCACCCCCUACGAGGCCCGAUGGAGUAUUUUCGUGGCUUCAAGGAUUUCCCAGAGUCUCUCUCCAUCUAUCAGCAGCCAGGCAAGGACCUGCAGCCACCCAGCCUCCCUCGGAAGAGGCAGGAGGGUACGGAGGGUUGUGUGGAGCAGCCAGAAGAUCUGCGCAGCAAAGCGAGCCAGGCUCCGCCUUCCUGGAGCAGAGACAGCCAGGGACCCUCUGCCUUCUAUAAAGGCGGCUCUGCAGGGAGCAAAGGCUUUCCCUACGCCAGUGUGAAAGCCUGCUGGGUCCCACCCAUGGCCAGCUUUGUCAAGGCCAGUCCCCAGCUACCCAAGAAUGGUGGGCUUGUCCAUCCCAUCCCACAGAGCCAGGUGGGCAGCCCUGGCCUGGGCCCCGGGCCGAGGAGCAAGCGCAGUCUGGAGGAGGAGGGCUUUGUUCAUGGGAAGAAGCUAAAGGCCGUCUCGCCUCUCGUCAAGGGAGUGGAGCCAAAGGACAAGCGCAGCAAGUCGCCGAGCCUCCAGCCGGGCCUGGCCAAGCCACAGGCUGUGGUGCCAAGCCCCAGCUUCCCAGCACCGCUCCCCUCCGCUGCAGGGCAGGACAGUUACAAAGGGACGAUGCUGAGGUUCCCGGUGAACUUUGGCACCUCCGCGGACCAUUUAAAGGGCCAGUCCUCUCCACUGAUCCCUUCGCUCUCUGUCAACCCAUUUGUCAUCCCUGCGUUUCCAGGCCACUUAUUAGCUGCCUCUACUCAAUCCUCAGACCUCUGCCGGCCGCUGGCUGCCAGCCUAGUGCACUACCCUACGUCUUACGACAGCUCGCUGCGGCACAGGCUAUACCCUGUCACAACGUGGCACAAUCAGCCAACAUACGCCUCCCCCCACGGGACCACCUUCCACCGGAACAACAAGCUGUAGCCACUGGCGUGGGCACUACCCCUUAUGGGGAGAGAGGUUUUCUACUGAUGGUAGUGGGUCUCAGCCAGCCAUGGCGCAGGGGUAGGACACUCGGUAACACUGGAGUUGCAGCUGUGCUGCAUCUCGCCUUUGGAGCUGCCCCAGUCCCGUGGCCUUGUAUUGCAAAGCGGUAAGAGAAUAUACGGACACUCUGGACCACGUCAUUUUUACUCUUGAUCUUUGAGCUUUAUUUGUAAUUGACAUCGUACGCUGGGGACUUCAACACAUACGUUGUGGGUUUAAAAAAAAAAAGGGGGGGGAGCAAAAUAGGUUCUGGAGAUUCCUCUUAAUGCCGGAGGUGACCCCAUUCACCUUGUAGUUGCUCAGACAAAUAGGUUCCAAAGUGCAGCGCGAACUUGGAUGUUGUUGGUCCAUGCUUCUUAAUAGCAGGACUGAAAAUAGGAGUGUAAAGACAGGGAGAGAGGAAAAAUUCAAAUGAAUUAACAAGUACUAUUUCUAGGGUAUCCCAAUAUGCCAGCUGAGUUUUUGGGGUGCUCUAUGAUCCAUGUUACAGAGCACUAGUUCUUCUGAUCUAAAAACAGAACAAGUUUAUUUCAGUUGAGUUGCCUCCAGGACAGGAAUCCUGGGUUUCAAUUUCCAGGGGCUUGGGGGAGGGGAGUUAAAACACCCAUUGGUUUUGCAGAACCCUGAAAUGGUUUGAGACGUUCCCAAGCUACUCCCAUCCCAACAUGACACUGUCUGUGGAGGUUCCUGUGGAUCUCUCCAAAGGCUGCAUUGGUCUGGUUGGAAGCAUCUAGGUGUCUACAAUAAAACUGCCCAAGAUGGUGCAAAAUGG